UGCGAAGCUUUUAGGGAGAGUGAAUGCAGCGGGCUGCUCAGGAUGGUGCUGCCAGCUGGGCUACUUGCGGCCCAGGGGAGGAUCCUGGCGGAGAAAGCAGGGCAGGGUGCUUGGGACCCAUUCAGCGGACUUGGGCAUUCUAGAAGCCAGAGAACCCAGGCUGUAGGGGACGGAAACAGUAUGGCUAGCGAGUGGUUAAUUCGCCCCGGAGAUGGGACUUGAAGCCCAAGGGCGAUUUUCCCUACUUAGGACCUGUGUUCUCCCCAUCCUGGCAGACAGGGUCCUGAGCCAGGCCCUCCCAGCAGCUGAGGCCAUAAGAGCACUCAGAAGCUCUUGGCCACGCCCACCUGCUCUUCUUGAGACCAGACUGGGAGGGAGCCGGGGCGGUAGGAGGGGCGGAGCAGGCUUUCCCUAGGGAAUGUACAAAGCUAUCCCACAGUCCCCCAAGUCUAGCUCUGUGUAUAGUUACCAUUGCACGCUGGGAAAGUGUAGUGGGGACAACAGCUCCGCCUCCCGGGCUCCGCCCCCCGCACUCAGUCCUCUCAGGCCUGUGUCUUUCCUGGUUCCCACCCGCGCCAGGUGACACGCAGAGCUGACACUAUGGUUCACCAAGUGCUCUACCGGGCGCUGGUCUCCACCAAGUGGCUGGCGGAGUCCAUUCGGUCUGGCAGCCUGGGGCCCAGCCUUCGGGUGCUGGACGCGUCAUGGUACUCCCCAGGGACCCGCCAGGCUCGCAAAGAGUACCAGGAACGCCACGUGCCUGGAGCGUCCUUCUUUGAUAUAGAGGAGUGCCGGGACACUGCUUCGCCUUAUGAGAUGAUGCUGCCCAGUGAGGCCCACUUUGGGGACUACGUGGGCAAUCUGGGAAUCAGCAACGACACACACGUGGUGGUGUACGAUGGAGACGACCUGGGCAGCUUCUAUGCACCUAGAGUAUGGUGGAUGUUCCGUGUGUUCGGCCACCGCACGGUAUCAGUGCUCAAUGGUGGCUUCCGGAACUGGCUGAAGGAAGGCCACCCAGUGACAUCUGAGCCCUCACGGCCAGAGCCAGCCGUUUUCAAGGCCACACUGGACCGUUCCCUGCUCAAGACCUAUGAGCAGGUCCUGGAGAACCUCCAGUCUAAAAGGUUCCAGCUGGUGGACUCUCGGGCCCAAGGACGGUACCUGGGCACAGAACCGGAGCCCGAUAUAGUAGGACUGGACUCGGGCCACAUCCGCGGCUCAGUCAACAUGCCCUUUAUGAACUUCCUGACCAAAGAUGGCUUUGAGAAGAGCCCAGAGGAGCUGCGUGCCAUAUUCCAGGACAAAAAGGUGGACCUCUCCCAGCCCCUCAUCGCCACGUGCCGCAAGGGCGUCACUGCCUGCCAUGUUGCCCUGGCUGCCUACCUUUGUGGCAAGCCUGAUGUGGCUGUUUACGAUGGCUCCUGGUCGGAGUGGUUCCGUAGGGCACCCCCGGAGACCCGAGUGUCCCAGGGGAAGAGUGGGAAGGCCUGAGUGUGCAAGGCUUCCUCCUUUGCACACCACAUUCAGCCAGUUCCCUUCAGUGAGGCCAGUGUGACCUGCUAUGGGUUCACCCUUCUUAGGCAAUGCAGGUUGACAAGAUUUUAGAAUUGUUGUGAGUGCCUUCCUCCCACCACACCGGAAUAAAGUGCCUUUUCUCAGAA